AUGCCCCGAAUUGUGAUGUCUAAUCGCAACGAAGAGUACCAUCCGGAGAUCCUCCAAGAAAUGGGAGAUUUAGGCAUUCUUGGUUGCACUAUUAGUGGAUACGGAUGCGCUGGUGCUUCAUCCGUAGCUUAUGGACUUAUAACGAGAGAGAUAGAACGCGUUGAUAGCAGCUAUAGAUCAACCAUGAGUGUACAGUCUUCAUUGGUAAUGCAUCCUAUCAAUGCAUUUGGUACCACAGAACAAAAGGAGAAGUAUCUACCAAAAUUAGCAACUGGUCAAAUGAUAGGAUGCUUUGGACUCACUGAACCUAAUCAUGGGAGCGAUCCUGGUAGCAUGGAGACCAGAGCUACGUUUAAUACCGAUAAGAAAUGCUAUGUACUAAAUGGAACGAAAUCCUGGAUCACCAAUUCUCCUGUAGCCGAUUUAUUUAUUAUAUGGGCUAAACUUGAAGGAAAAAUAAGAGGAUUUAUCUUAGAGAAAGGAAUGACUGGCUUAUCGGCACCUUACAUUAAGGGAAAAUUUUCAUUACGUGCAUCUCCUACAGGACAAAUCGUUAUGGAAAAUGUUGAAGUACCUGAAAACAACAUCCUUCCACAUGUCGAAGGACUAAAAGGGCCAUUUAGCUGCCUAAAUAACGCUCGCUACGGAAUUGCAUGGGGAGCUCUGGGAGCAGCCGAAUUCUGUCUUGACUUUGUACGCCAAUAUACUAUAGACAGAAAACAGUUUGGACGUGCUCUUGCCAGUAAUCAAAUCAUGCAACUAAAAAUGGCAAAUAUGCUUACUGAGAUAUCUCUUGGAUUGCAAGGCUGCUUGCAAGUAGGCAGACUAAAAGAUAAAAAUUUCGCUACACCGGAAAUGGUAUCAAUGAUAAAACGUAAUUCAUGUGGAAAGGCACUAGAAAUAGCAAGAACAGCAAGAGAUAUGCUGGGAGGUAAUGGGAUUUGUGAUGAAUAUCACGUAAUUCGACAUUCAAUGAAUUUAGAAGCCGUUAAUACUUACGAAGGUACUCAUGAUAUACAUGCCUUAAUCCUUGGUCGCGCAAUUACUGGACUUCAAUCAUUCACGAGCAAUUAA